GACGUAAACAGUGACGUAGUCUAAUAGACCAAUACUUUUCUUUUUAAUUAUUUUUCAUUGUGAAGUGUAUUUUUUGUGUUAAUUUUCAAAAAGUGAUUUGUGACUUUAGUGACAGUUAGUAAUAUUUUUUUUGCAGUUUUUUUUUUUACGUUCAUAAAAUACAUUUCGCAAUUGGACUGAAAAGGUAUGAUGAAGAAAUAGAAAUAAAUUCAAGAUGCAUUCAGCUUCAGCUUCAUCAAGUCGUAUCCUGUAUGACGUGCCAUGCGCCGUCUGUCGAGACCACUCAUCAGGAAAGCACUACGGCGUCUUUGCGUGCGACGGCUGCGCAGGAUUCUUCAAGCGAUCCGUGCGCCGCGACCGACGGUACACGUGCAAAGCGCGGAACCCGGGAGGCUGUCUGGUUGAUAAAGCUCACAGAAAUCAAUGCCGCUCCUGUCGACUGGAUAAGUGUCUGCAAGCUGGCAUGAAUAAAGAUGCCGUCCAACACGAAAGAGGCCCUCGAAACUCAACGAUCCGCCGCCAAAUGGCGUUAUUCAUGAAAGACCCAUUGCCAGGCUCCGAAGUCGGCGGACCAAUCCCGCCGCCAUUGAACUUAGCUUUGCCAAAGCACGACCUGAUGCCGUCACAACCAAUGCCGUUAUACAACCCUUACAAUUACCCCUCCAUAGGCGUCUUUAGUCCUCCGAUUAAUCCUGUCCCCCAUCGGCCUCCGUCUCCCCUCCCUCCUUUGAAUCCUUUUCUCUUCGGAGCGAAUGAUCCAGCGGCAAUAUGUGAAGCAGCUGCCCGUCUGCUGUUCAUGAACGUCCGAUGGUCACGCAACAUUCCCGCUUUCGCAAACCUUUCCUUGCAAGACCGACUUCUCCUUCUCGAACAGUCCUGGAAAAGCCUCUUCGUAUUAGGAGCAGCUCAAUUUCUCUACCCCAUGGAUUUAAACGUACUAAUAGAUAGGAAUAUUUCAAUUGGAGACAAUAAAAAAGACGCAGAAAUAUUUGAGUCGGCUUUAGCUCAAAUAUCUAAAGUAAAUCCGGAUGCAAAUGAAUAUGCGUGUCUUCGGGCGAUUUUACUGUUCAAGGCGACUUCAGACAAAAACGGGGACAGUCCUAACAAAGAGUCGGAGAAUCGAAGACUUGAAAAUGCUACUGCGGUCGCUGUCCUGCAUGAUCAGUCCACCUACAUGUUGAAUGAGUAUUGUCUGCGUGCCUAUCCGCUGCAGCUGGCGCGAUCUAGCAGACUCCUGAACUUGUUGCCCAUCAUCCGGAGUGUGCCGAGCUGCGCCAUCGUUGAAUUGUUCUUCAGAGCAACUGUUGGGGACACCCCCAUCGAACGCAUACUUGCCGAUAUGUACACCAGCGGCCGGAUUACCGAAUAGAAGUAAACUUUUAAAAUCUCAAAUUGUAUGUACUGGUACUUUCCACAUGUAGUACUUACUUGAAAUGUCAAGCAAUUAAACCUCUUA